UCAACCAACAUCUCAAGUUGAUCACCAAAUAUCAGAUAUCCUCGCGUCAUGGAACCCCGAAGUACGGACAUGGACAUGGACAUAGUGGACCGCGAACUCGCGGCUGCAGCUCGCGAGGCGUCCCCAACCCGCUAUGUUAGUCGAGACAGCAGGGAGAUCGAGCGUGUCCUGUCCGCCGCUACGAGCUCGAGCACCACAUCUUCCUCCUCUUCCUCCGCCCAGCCCUACCAGCGCAUGGGCAUAAGCCGUAUAUCGACCCAGCCCGACCUCGAACGCCAUCCCACCGCCCUGAGCCGCAUCGCCACCCAGCGCAGCCAGCACAGUAACACCGUCGGCCGCAGUCUUAAGAGCCGCGAGUCCAGAAAGCCCCUGCCCGCCAUGGGCGCCGGCAAGCCCUACCCGCCCCCUCUACCAGAGCAAGAGGAAUACGUUGUCGAGUUCGAUGGACCCGAUGACCCCAUGCAUGCCCAGAACUGGCCUCUGAGAAAGAAGAUGAUGACGGCCGUGAUUCUGGGUUUCACCACACUUACCUCCGCCUUCGCCUCGAGCAUCUUCUCCGCCGCCACCGGCCCCGUCAGCCAGGAGUAUUCAGUCUCGUCCGAGGUCGGCCUGCUUGGCGUCUCGCUCUACGUCCUGGGUUUCGCCUUUGGCCCAACACUCUGGGCCCCCCUUUCCGAACUCAAAGGUCGCCGCCCCCCGUUAGUCAUUGCCAUGUUCGGCUUCUCCGUCUUUUCCAUCGGCGCUGCCACCGGCAAGGAUAUCCAAACCAUCCUCCUCUGUCGCUUUUUCGCCGGCUUCUUCGGCGCCUGUCCCCUCGCCGUCGUCGCCGCCGUCUUCUCCGACCUGUUCGACAACCGUACCCGCGGCGUGGCCAUCACCAUCUUCUCCAUGGCCGUCUUCUCCGGUCCGCUCUUGUCCCCCUUCAUCGGUGGCUUUAUGGUCGAGUCGCAUCUCGGCUGGCGUUGGACCCAAUACCUCGUCACCAUCAUGGGCUUCGUCGCCUUCCUCCUGGACCUGUUCUUCCUCGAGGAGACGUAUCCGCCUGUCAUCCUCGUAGCCAAGGCCGCCGAGCUGCGCCGCCGCACCCGUAACUGGGGGAUCCACGCCAAGCAGGAGGAAAUUGAGGUCGACUUCCGGGAGCUCGUCAGUAAGAACUUUUCCCGUCCCAUGCGCCUGCUCCUCUUCGAGCCCAUCGUCACCCUGCUCUCCAUCUACAUGGCCUUUAUCUACGGCAUCCUCUACCUCUUCCUGACCGCCUACCCCAUCGUCUUCCGCGGCGUCCACGGCUUCAACGCCGGCGAGUCCGGCCUCACCUUUUUCGGCAUGGUCGUUGGCCAGCUCCUCGCCGGCACCACCGUCCUGCUGCAGCAGCCGUGGUACCUCCGUAAACUGAAGGCGAACCACGGCGUUCCCGUCCCCGAGUGGCGCCUGCAUUCCGUCGUGGUCGGCGCCGCCUUCUUCGCCGCCGGGAUUUUCUGGUUCGGCUGGUCCGGCUAUACGGCCGAGGUGCACUGGAUCGUCCCCACCCUCAGCGGUCUUUUCACCGGCUUCGGUCUCAUGUCCAUCUUCCUCCAGUCCCUCAAUUACCUCGUCGACUCGUACCUCAUGUUCGCCGCCUCCGCCAUCGCCGGCAACACCUUCCUCCGUUCACUCGCCGGUGCCGGUUUCCCGCUUUUCGCCCAGCAAAUGUUCAACGGGAUGGGCAUUCAGUGGGCUUCCACCGUCCUGGGCGGCCUGGCGGCCUUGAUGGUCCCCAUCCCUCUCAUCUUCCUGCUCUACGGCCACAAGAUCCGCGCCAAGAGUGCCUACGCCCCGACUUUUGCCGCGCCAGCCAUGGGGGAAGAUGACAGCUUGGAGGCCGGUUUUGACGUCUCCGUACCCGAACCGGGACCUGUUUCGCCGGAGCGCACCACGAGCGGAACUAUCGGCGCCAAUGGUGGCGCGGCGUACCUGGAACGGCAGGGUCCUGAGUACGAGAAGGAAGCGGAUCGGGCGAGCAGUGAACACUCGGCUGCAAGAUCGAGCGUACCGAGGACGACCGGUGGCAGCAGGGGGGAUGAUGUCGUUUAAUGAGGGGGGGGAAGACGAAAUGAAGAAGAAACGGACGCACGCAUUUUGGUGGUUUCGGUUCUUAUUCCUUCUCUACUUGUUUGGACGAUCGAUUGUGUUCCGGCGUUACGGUUAGAGCCUAUGGACACCGGCGGGGAGGAAUUCUGAGAGUCAAAGUUGAGUUUUGAUGUUUGAGCGGUAUAUGAGCGUUUUGCAUAUAAGCGUUUGCAACAUUAAUCACGCCUCGCCAUGCAUGGAUACGAGGCGUCGUUAACUAAAAAUGCAUACCCUACUUAAUAGACCAGCGAGCAAUUGGGAAAUAGGAUUGAGUCCUGAUAUCGUGCUCGCACUGG